AGGAACUGGCCGCGGGUUUUACGGCCGCGGCGGCCGCGCUUGGCGGCGGCGGAGCGGGAGCUGCCCAGACGCGGCGGAUAUGGCCGAGGUACCGCCGGGGCCUAGCAGCGUCCUGUCCCCGCAGGGGGACACGCUCUCCCCCUUCCCCGGAGGAGGAGGAGGAGGAGGGGGGGCUGCUUCCUCCUCCUCCUCCUCCGCCGCCUCCUAUGCCGCCGCCGCCGCCGCCUGCACCGGCGCCCAGGACGAGGAGGCCGAAGAGGAGGAGGAAGAGGAGGGACCCGCGGGCGGACGGGAGCAGCAGCAGCAGCGAGGAGGAGGCAGCGACGGCGGCAAGGGGGGCCCGCAGCACCGCCACCAUCACCGCCACCACCACCACCCCCCGCACCACAACCACCAGCUCAACGGCCUCAUCAGCCCCGAGCUGCGGCACCUGCGGGCCUCCCUCAAGGGCAAGAUCCUCGGCUCGGAGGCAGGGGCGGCCCCCGAGGGGCUGGAGAACAAGCGAGCCAGCAAAACAAUGGGCUCCGGACAGCAGCAGCCGUCGCCCCCCAGCGCAGCGCCUUGCUCGUCCCCCCACGCCAACCACCUCCCUCCCCAGGGAAGGACUGCACCCUCUCCUCCUCCUUCUCCCCCGGCUAAAGGGGACAGGAGCCAGCCUGCUGCCACAACCACGACUGCUGCUGCUAAGACUGCAGCCCGCAAUGGGCUGGCAGGAGAGACUGGCUUGGAGGAGGAAGAGCAGGAGGAGGGGGAUGAAGGAGGGGAGGAGGAGGAGGAGUCCCUGCAGCUACUCUCCGGGUCCUUAGCAGCAGCGUGCAGUUUGAAAGGCUCGGGAACGGACUGUCAGCCCGAGGAGGACCUAACGAUACGAUACGUCCAGUAUGAGUCAGAGCUGCAGAUGCCCGAUAUCAUGAGACUGAUCACCAAAGAUCUGUCUGAACCCUACUCCAUUUACACUUAUAGGUAUUUUAUCCACAACUGGCCACAACUUUGCUUUUUGGCCAUGGUAGGUGAGGAGUGUGUAGGUGCCAUCGUCUGCAAGCUGGAUAUGCACAAAAAGAUGUUCCGCAGAGGUUAUAUAGCCAUGUUAGCAGUGGAUUCCAAAUACAGAAGAAAAGGAAUUGGUACAAACUUGGUUAAGAAAGCUAUUUAUGCUAUGGUUGAAGGAGAUUGUGAUGAGGUUGUAUUGGAAACAGAAAUCACAAAUAAGUCUGCUUUGAAACUUUAUGAAAACCUUGGUUUUGUGCGAGACAAGAGGCUGUUCAGAUACUAUUUAAAUGGAGUGGAUGCCCUGCGUCUGAAACUGUGGCUGCGUUAGGAGACCCCAUCCCAGCCAGCAAGCGACGUCCCAGCAGCGCAGAGUUGUCCUUUGCAUGCAAUGCAAUUUGUCCCAAAUUGCUUUGCAAGGUGGACUUUUAGUACUUUCCAUGCAGCUCUUAAACCUGUCAGUGUCCCAUUGAGUGUCGCACACAUUCGUUGCACUUUGGCAUGGCGCAUUUGUUCCGAAUUAAAGCCGAUUGUCUCAGACUCCGAGUCCUUUUGGUACCAGCCAGAUGUGCCAGGUGAUAGCCAAGAUAUGUUCAUUCAUUUGCAAGUCUGCUGACUCUUUAGGACAUCCACACAGUGAACGUUUUAGCAGAGAAAACCUGGAUGGGAACGCCGCUUUUGGUUCCCGAAAAUUCAAAAUAAAGCCAAUGUAGAUUGUAAAAUUCUAUAAGUAUACUAACAUUUCAUACAAAAAUUGCCAUAGUUUUCUGGGGAAGAAGAAGAAAAAGGAAAAAAAAGGCUUCAAUUUUAGGUUUUAUUUUUCAAUAUUGAAUUUUUCCAUUCUUAAAUAUUGGUACCUCAGUGAUUAGUGAAUGAAAAAAAUGUAUUGUAGGGUGGGGUGUGUGUUACAACAAGUAACCAUUAAAUUGCGUCUGCCAGUGCCUGUAUAGAUAAGUAUAUUUGUCUUCACCUCUAAGUUUGGAGUGCAUGCUUUUAUUCUUUUACUUUCUUCAGUUGUCUUUGCAAGAAAAAAAUAACAACCUGCUUUUAUUUAAAUUCUGGAUUUGAUAAUAAAUUAUUUCAGAUUUUUAUAAUUUGGAUACUUCUCCCAAACAGGGGUUUGGAAGGCCCUUCUUAUAGCACGAAGUGUAAGCUAUUUUGAAAACCUUGAGUAGCUGCUAAAAGAACCUGGUGGCACCAGUGAAUCUCUGCUGGGUUUGGAUGCACUUUUGUCAUUAAAAGAGUGAGGGACUUCUUUUAAAAGAAGAUAUAGAAAAUUAAUGUAAAUUGGUAUGAUUUUUAUUUAAUCAAAAUUAUUGCUAGAAGCUCUGAGAAACAGCUAUUUUAAGAUAGUUGGAACAAUUUUUUUUUUCAGAUUCGGAUUGCUUUGCUUCAGUGUUCUAAAAUGCUUCAAUCUUUGGUUCUUGGUCUUGGAAGUGAAUUUCAAGGUGUAUCAUAUUCAUUUUCAGCUGCUCUCAUUUUCUCAACUUACAUGAGCUAAAUUAUUGGGGGAAAUUUCCCCCUCUAAAAUCAAAGCAGCGGGGAAGGAAUUCUGUCUCUCUUUCUUGCAUUCACUCUUGCUCUGUUUUUCUUUCUUUUUUUUUUUUCCUUUCUUUAUUUGGGCUUGCAUAGGUUUUACCAAUACCCAUCAAUUUUUUCAGUAAUGACAGCGUCAAGGCUUUCUUGUUCCGUGUGAUUCCAUAGCCCAGGUCUGUGCAUCAGUUGGGUUGGGUUUUUUUUUUUUUUGUUGUUUGUUUUGUUUUGUGGGGGUGUUUUUUUAUUUUGAUUUUUUGGGGGUUUUUGUUUUGUUUGGGUUUUUUUUUUUUUUUUUUUUUUUUUUGAAAGACAAGAAUAAAGGUAUUAGGUGACUUGUGGAAGCACCUCUGUAAUCAGAGAUCUCAGAAUAUUCAGUUGGAAGGGACCCACCAGGAUCAAGUCCAGCUCUGAGGUGAAUGGUCCUCACAGGGAUCAAAAGGAUGAACUCUCAGUGAAUCCACUCUCAUGGAACCGAGCGAAUUCUCCAGAUUUGCCUUACUUCACUUUUUUUUUUUCCUUUUUAAACUUUGGUUUGAGUCAUGAGGUUUGUUUGGGGGUUUUUUUUUCGUUUGUUUUCAUUUUUGCUAAUUACUGUACACUAAAAACAAAACCAACAAAACCCCUACCUCCAGUAUCAUUUGGAAAAGAGCCCUGUGCAGGAAAACUGGAUUUGAGCAAAGCCGCCUUUUGCACAGACCAAUCGCACAUGGUGAUGGACGUUUCUUGCCAUGUACAAAUCAUGAGUUGUAUUUGAAAAUAAAGAUUUUUAAUG